CCCGGGAUGAGGUCUGGCGCUGUCGGGCUUAUCUUUGCUGCUGUCUUGCAGCUGGCGAGGAGUCAACAACGGAUAGAAGCGCCUCAGCCCUCUCUGAAUGACAUCAUCCCCGGCAACACCACCGCUCUCAGCGUCCAGGGCCUCAAGCGCCUCACCAACUUCCUCCCUGUCGACGAUCGGGUCUUCUCGCGCGCGGCAGAGUCGGGCGUCGUCUACAUCCACCCGCUGCCCGACACGGAGGACAUCUCACCCAACACGACCAUCGCCAUCUCUUUCGACAGGCCAUUGGCUGCCGAGGCAGUGAAGGGCAAUGUGCGGGUGAGGGGCAGCAAAACGGGCGGCCAUGGAGGGACGCUCGAUCUCGGCGAUGACAAGAAGACCAUCGUAUUCGAGAGCCGCCGGCCGUUCGCACUUGGCGAGGCUGUGACGGUGACGGUUGACCCCUUCCAAUCGUCACGGCAGGGGCACAGAAGCAACGACAUCUACAUUGAGGGCUACCAGUGGUCAUUCAAGAUCGCCGAGGAGAUGCCGGCCGAGCUGACUGAGCGCUUCCCUUUCAUCCCGUAUGGCGCUCGCGAGGACAAGGACGUCUACGCCCCGCCAGCCCCCGCCCCCGCCCAUCCCGACGAUGGGCGGUCGGAACCACACGGCACACGGGGCAUCUUCAAGACUGUCGGCACCGUCCCGGAGAUCAUGGUCAGAGUGCCCAGGAUGGCCAACAGCACCAGCAGGGGCUACAUCUUCACCGAGACCAUUGCGGAUCCCUCCAACACGAUCAGGAGCUCGCUGAUGAUAAUCGACGACAGUGGCCAGCCGGUGUGGGUCAAGAGGCUGCCGGCUAACCACGGCUGGCGGGGCUGGAGCACGAGAGACCUGAAGGCGCAUCCUGCUGGUCUGUUGAGCUUCCACUCACCGCAGAGGGAGGGCUUUGUGGUGCUGGACAAGACCUACACCGAACUGCGUGUCAUCAAAGCAAGAGGGUGAGUGGUGGAUUGGACACUGCAGUACGUGCACACACGCACACGGACCUUAUGCCUUGUCAUAUCCUGUCGUGUCAUGCAGAUUCCGUACGAAUGAUCACGAUGUGCAGAUCCGCGACGACGGCCGCGUGUUGGUCAUGGGGCACGCUCUUCGCCACGGGGUCAUAGGGAUGAUUGUGCAGGAGCACGACUCUCAAGGGCGGGUCGUAUUCCAGUGGUCUUCAUGGGACCACCUGUGAGCAAGGAAAAGGCACACACAGCUCAGCUGCCUGUUCAUCUCGUGCGGUGUGUGGCGUGUCAGGCCGAAUCAGUUUGACGACACCCGUGGGAUGCGGACGCCCAACGACUUCUGGGACCACCUCCAUCCCAACGCAUGCUCGUGGGCACCCGACGGCGUGAGCACAACCGCACCACACACCAACAAACCCACUCUCUGUUGCUAUGUUUUUCCGUCGCUCAGGACAUCGUCAUUUCACUGCGGCACACGUCGCAGGUACAGAGACUAUGUCAUACAGCACAGCACAGGUCGGCCGUACCCCCUGUCUUUCUCUGUGUGCCCUCCCAUCAGGUGGUGAAGAUCAACCGCAGGAAUGGCAAAGUCCGCUGGCUGCUGGGCGGCCGCUCAAGCCACUUCACCUUCGCCAAUGACCACGGCUUUACCUACCAGCACGACGCACGGAUGCCCAGCCCACACACACUGACUCUAUUUGACAACGGCAAUUUUCACCGUCCUGAGUUGAGUCGGGCGGUCGAGUAUCGCAUCGACGAGGCGAGGAUGGUGGCCACCAGGGUGUGGGAGUACAGGAAUGACCAGCGCACAUUCGGCGCCGCCACGGGCAACGUCCAGGUGAGCGGAGAAAAUGGCUGGCUGCAAAGAAGACGGGCAAUCACGUGCUGUUCAAUGGUGUCUGUGCUCAGACGCUGGCGAACGGCAACAAGGUCGUAUCAUGGGUGAGGUAACAUAUAUACCUGACAUACACCGCACAAGAGGGCCGUCACUUUUGCAUUUUUCUUAUUCUAGGGGGGAUUCUUUGAGUCGUUCCCUGAUGACGCCCCUUUCUACACGGAGGUCACACGUGGAGGGCAGAAGGUCCUCGAGAUGAGUUUCGUCAACAAGAGAUUCCAGGUGUGUACUUGUGUUGUUGUUGUGCAACGCCCAUGCCCCUCUGUGUGUGUUGUGUGUGUGUGUGUGUGUGUGUGUGGGCCUCUUGUGCAGCUGCAGGCUUACCGAUCGUAUCGGUUCCACUGGGAGGGUGCGCGGCCAAAGACCCCACCCCAGCUGAGACUCACACAGGCCGAAGACAGGCUGUUCUACAGCUGGAACGGAGACACAACCACACGCACAUGGAGGGUCGGUCAGCCUCAAAACAGACACCCACACCCAACGACGCCGGUCAUGUGUUGUGGCGCAGGUGAUAGCUAAUGGUGCAGUUAUCGACGUCCACGACAAGACGCUGUUCGAGCACUCGACCGUCCUGCAGAACGGCAGCCGGGCAGGCCAGUGCAUCACCUAUCAGGUGGUAGCGCUGGACGCUGCCGGCCAGCGGAUCAGGGCGUCCAAUCUCGUGAAGUCGAGUGCAUGCGGCAAGGGCAGCCAACCAGGCGGGAAGGGCAAGGGGCGGCGGGGGCAAGGGCGACAGGAGACAGCCGAGGGGAAAGGCACGUAGAAGAGGGCCAAGACGGCACCAGCACGAACGGCAGACUAGAUGAUCACUGCACUGAAGGAUCAUUGGAUUGCGCUGUGGAUGGCGGGCGGCUGCCGUAUGUCAAUGGAGCAGGAGAUGAUGGGAGAGAAGACACGUAUGCAGCUUUGUGUAGGGCCAUUUUUGGUGGAAGAUGAUGAGAUUGAACUUUUUUGUUGCGAUGCGAUGCGAUGCUGUUUGUGCAGUGAGAAGGCGGGCGCUUUGUUGGUCGCUGCUCUGUACUUGUUUCAUCCAUUCAUGUUUAAUGGCAUUAUGUGCUCGGAAGCGCUUCGGUGCCGAUAGACAGAGGCUGAGGCAAACAAAGUGAAGUUCUUUUUUUAAUCUGUACUCUGCACAUAGCUCGAUGCCAUGUUUGGUCACGCCUUUUGUAGCCUGUAGUGCACCGCCCCACGCAAUAUUGAUGGGGCACAUACACGUCUCGUCCCUGUAUUUGUGUGCCUGUGUGCAUGCUGUCAUUCGUUCUUUUUGCGUGUACUAGGCCAGGGUUGGUUAGUGAAAAGUGAGUGUGGCAGUCAACGCCAGCUAAACACAUGAUGUCUGUGUCUCCUCCCUCUUUGUCAUCAGUGUAGUUGAUGCGCGACUAGCUAUGCAGAGGCCACUAUAUUGGUGUGGCCAUUGGAUAGUCCGUGCUUCAAUGACAUCUGGUUACGGAUGAAUCAAAUGCCUG